AUCUACACAUUAUAAUAAUUUUGCGUUGAUAAUAUGAUAUUUUAAACAUAUAUAAUGUUUUUAAUAGAUUUAAAAUGUAUGGAAAGAGACGAAGGACUUCACGUGUAUCAACGAAACGUUCAUGUACAUCGUGCAAACUAGGAUCUGACUUGAUUUCUAAUGUUACCCGCAAUAUUAUUGUAAAUACUAAUAUUCACAGCAAGCCAUAUAUGAGAUAUUCAAAAAGUGUUCCCACGAUUAAGCCAGAUACUCAAGAUUGUAAAAACAUUGUUUAUAUCAAUAAUGAUGUUCAUGAAAAUACAUCGGAUUCGAUCUGUUCUUCCGAAUCAUCUAGUUCUUCUGAACGAUCAAUAUCUUAUCCCGUAUCUGAAAAUGAAAACAUAAUAGAUAUUUUUGAAACAAAUAAUUGGAAACAUGAUCUUGUUGCAUGGGUUGUAAAACAUCAAAUUUCGUAUACUGCUCUAACAUCAUUACUACAAAUUUUCAAACAACAUCCUACGUCAUCAUUUCAUGUCAACAUUGAAGAUAUCCAUUAUAGAAAUAUUAAUAAUGACAGUGGUAACAAUAAGGACCCACUUUUAACAUUAAGUUCGAAUUUAAAUGAAAAAGAAGAUUCACAAUACAGUGAAGACUUGAUUGAGAUUGAACAAGUAAACAGUGGUAACAAAGAUAAUAGUAAUGACCCAUUAGCAGUGCCAGAACAAAACUCUGACAAUUUUCAAUGUUUUGUCACACAGAAACUAAUGGAUUUAGAAAAGAAAUUAAAUCAAAUUGAAAAUAAUAUGAAUACAUAUCAAAAGGUUAUUUUACAAAAAUGUUCAAUUUUGGAUAGUAAGGAAAACAAAGAAAAUAUCUACAAAUAA